AUGAGUCCCCCCAAGAGAGUCUUGAACAGACCCAAGAAGCGCACCUUAGUCCGCUGGGACGAUAACCUGAACGAGCUCCUACUACUCAGCGUGCUGCCGGUCUGCAACAACCAGGCUAUCAAGAUUCCUUGGUCGGAGGUCGCCAGUACCAUGAAAAACAAUGUCACUGAAGGAGCGAUAGUCCAGCACCUAGCAAAGCUCCGGUCUCGUCGCGCUGAGGCUGGUAAAGAUGUCCCUCCUCCUCUUAAACGUGGUGGAGUGGGGCCAUCGAGCAAACCUUCCGGGAAUUCAUCUACCAGCAAUGCACAGGGAGCGAAGCGUAACCGCAAGUCUUGA